CGCUCGCUCUGCGCAGGGGAGCCCUCCGCGGAGGCCCCUCGCCAUGGCCAAGCCGACGAGCAAGGACUCCGGCCUCAAGGAGAAGUUCAAGACGCUGCUGGGGCUGGGGACCCCGCGGCCGAGCCCCAGGUCCGCGGAGGGCAGGCAGACCGAGUUCGUCGUCACCGCCGAGAUCCUGAGGGAGCUGAGUGUCGACUGUGGCCUCAACAAUCGCAUCCGGGUCAUAGGGCAGAUCUGCGAAGUCGCCAAGACGAAGAAGUUUGAAGAGCACGCGGUGGAAGCCCUGUGGAAGGCCGUGGCCGACCUGCUGCAGCCAGAGCGGCCUCCGGAGGCCCGGCACGCCGUGCUCGCCCUGCUGAGAGCCAUCGUGCAGGGGCAGGGUGAGCACUUGGGGGUCCUCAGAGCCCUCUUCUUCAGGGUCAUCAAGGAUUACCCCUCCAACGAGGACCUGCACGAGAGGCUGGAGGUGUUCAAGGCGCUCACGGACAACGGGAGACACAUCGCCUACUUGGAGGAGGAGCUGGCCGAGUUCGUGCUGCAGUGGAUGGAUGUGGGCUUGUCCUCGGACUUCCUCCUCGUGCUCGUGAACUUGGUCAAGUUCAACAGCUGUUACCUGGACGAGUACAUCGCGUCCAUGGUCCACAUGAUCUGCCUGCUUUGCAUCCGGACAGCGUCCUCUGUCGACAUAGAGGUCUCCCUGCAGGUGCUGGACGCCGUGGUCUGCUACAACUGCCUGCCGGCCGAGAGCCUCCCGCUGUUCAUUGUCACCCUGUGCCGCACCGUGAACGUCAAGGAGCUCUGUGAGCCCUGCUGGAAGCUGAUGCGUAACCUCCUGGGCACCCACCUGGGCCACAGCGCCAUCUGCAACAUGUGCCGUAUCAUGGAGGACAGAACCUACAUGGAGGACGCCCCACUGCUGCGAGGGGCUGUGUUCUUUGUGGGCAUGGCCCUCUGGGGAGCCCACCGCCUCUACUCGCUCAAGAACUCGCCGACGUCUGUCCUGCCGUCCUUUUACAAGGCCAUGACCUGUCCCAACGAGGUGGUGUCCUAUGAGGUCGUCCUGUCCGUGAGCAGGCUCAUCAAGAAGUACAGGAAGGAGCUGCAGGCCGUGACGUGGGACCUUCUGCUGGACAUCGUCGAGCGCCUGCUGCAGCAGCUCCAGAGCCUGGACAGUCCGGAGCUCAGGACCAUUGUCCACGACCUUCUGACCACGGUGGAGGAGCUGUGUGACCAGAAUGAGUUCCAUGGCUCCCAGGAGAGAUACUUCGAGCUGGUGGAGAGAUGUGCAGACCAGAGACCCGAGUCCUCCCUCUUGAAUUUAGUCUCCUACCGAGCUCAGUCAAUUCACCCAGCAAAGGACGGCUGGAUUCAGAACCUGCAGCUGCUCAUGGAGCGGUUCUUCAGGAACGAGACCCGCAGUGCUGUGCGCAUCAAGGUGCUGGACGUGCUGUCCUUCGUGCUGCUCAUCAACAGGCAGUUCUACGAGGAGGAGCUGAUCAACACGGUGGUCAUCUCCCAGCUCUCCCACAUCCCCGAGGAUAAGGACCACCAGGUCCGGAAGCUGGCCACCCAGCUGCUGGUAGACCUGGCGGAAGGCUGCCACACUCACCACUUCAACAGCCUGCUGGACGUCAUCGAGAAAGUGACGGCCCGCUCCCUCUCUCCACCUCCUGAGCUGGACGAGAGGGGUGUGGCUGCCUACUCGGCCUCCCUGGAGGACGUGAAGACUGCGGUCCUGGGGCUCCUGGUCAUCCUUCAGACCAAGCUGUACACCCUGCCUGCCAGCCACGCCACGCGUGUGUACGAGACGCUCGUCAGCCACCUGCAGCUGCACUACAAGCACAGCUACACCCUGCCCAUCGCCAGCAGCAUCCGGCUGCAGGCCUUCGACUUCCUGCUGCUGCUGCGCGCGGACUCCCUGUGCCGCCUGGGCCUGCCCAGCAAGGACGGCGCCGUGCGGUUCAGCCCGUACUGCCUCUGCGGCUACAGCGAGCCGGAGCGGAGCGCCGAGAAGAAGGCCAGCGGCCCCCUUUCCCCUCCCACCGGGCCGCCGGGCCCCACACCCGCAGGCCCCCCUGUGCGGCUCGGCUAUCUGCCCUACUCCCUGCUCUUCCGCCUCCUACUGCAGUGUCUGAAGCAGGAGACGGACUGGAAGGUGUUGAAGCUGGUCCUCAGCAAGCUGCCCGAGUCGCUGCGCUACAAGGUGCUCGUCUUCACCUCGCCCUGCAGCCUCGACCAGCUGUCUUCCGCCCUCUGCUCCAUGCUUUCAGGCCCAAAGACCCUGGAGCGGCUCCGGGGCACUCCAGAAGGCUUCUCCAGAACCGACCUGCACCUGGCUGUGGUCCCAGUGCUCACGGCGUUGAUCUCCUACCAUAACUACCUGGACAAGAGCAAGCAGCGGGAGAUGGUUAUCUGCCUGGAGCAAGGGCUGAUCCACCGCUGUGCCGGCCAGUGCGUGGUGGCCCUGGCUGUGUGCAGCGUGGAGAUGCCCGACGUCAUCAUCAAGGCCCUGCCCGUCCUGGUGGUGAAGCUCACACACAUCUCCGCCACCGCCAGCAUGGCCGCCCCACUGCUGGAGUUCCUGUCCACUCUGGCCCGGCUGCCGCACCUCUACAGGAACUUCGCCGCAGAGCAGUACGCAAGUGUGUUCGCCAUCUCGCUGCCCUACACCAACCCCUCCAAGUUCAAUCAGUACAUCGUGUGCCUGGCCCACCACGUGAUCGCCAUGUGGUUCAUCAGGUGUCGCCUGCCCUUCCGCAAGGACUUCGUCCCCUACAUCACCAAGGGCCUGCGCUCCAACGUGCUGAUGUCUUUUGAUGAUACCCCCGAGAAGGACAGCUUCAGGGCGCGGAGUACCAGCCUCAACGAGAGGCCCAAAAGUCUGAGGAUAGCCCGAGCCCCCAGACCAGGCUUGACCCACUCUCCACCCGUGGACGAGUGCAAGGGGAGCCCCGCCACCGAGGCCUUCCGGUGCCGCAGCGUCAGUGUGUCUGAACACGGGGUCCGCAGCAGGAUCCAGACGUCUCUCACCAGCGCCAGCCUGGGGUCCGCAGACGAGAACUCCAUGGCCCAGGCUGACGACAGCUUGAGAAAUCUCCACCUGGAGCUCACAGAAACCUGUCUGGACAUGAUGGCCCGAUACGUGUUCUCCAACUUCACGGCCGUGCCCAAGAGGUCUCCCGUGGGAGAGUUCCUCCUGGCCGGCGGCAGGACCAAAACCUGGCUGGUGGGGAACAAGCUUGUUACGGUGACGACAAGCGUGGGGACUGGGACCCGGUCCCUGCUGGGCCUGGAUUCCGGGGAGCUGCAGGGCGGCGGCCCAGAGUUGAGCUCUGACGCUGGCGUGCACUUGAGACAGACAAAGGAGGCGCCGGCCAAGCUGGAGUCCCAGGCUGGGCAGCAGGUGUCCCGUGGGGCCCGGGACCGCAUCCGUUCCAUGUCGGGAGGCCACGGCCUUCGGGUUGGUGCCCUGGACCCACCGACCUCCCACUUCCCAGGCAGCCCGUCUGCUCCGGGAACACAGGCUGCACCGUCUGCGAAGCCUGACAGGGCUUCAGCAGGCACCCAGGGUCCAGCGCAGGAGAGGACGAACCUGGCCGCCUACGUGCCUCUGCUGACCCAGGGCUGGGCUGAAAUCUUGGUCCGCAGGCCCACAGGGAACACGAGCUGGCUGAUGAGCCUGGAGAACCCGCUGAGCCCCUUCUCGUCCGACAUCAACAACAUGCCCCUGCAGGAGCUGUCCAAUGCCCUCAUGGCGGCCGAGCGCUUCAAGGAGCAUCGCGACACCGCCCUGUACAAGUCGCUGUCCGUGCCGGCCGCCAGCACAGCCAGGCCCCCUCCUCUCCCUCGCUCUAACACAGUGGCCUCUCUCUCCUCCCUGUGCCCGUCCAGUUGCCAAGGGAAGCUGCACAGGAGCAUUUCCUGGGCAGCCGCCCGUGUGCUCCCCCCAGACUCGGCAGUGGUGCUGGAGGAGGGCAGUGCAGGAGAGGCCUCCGGGCUGGCGGAGCCCCCAGAGCUGGAGGACCAGGGGCACUGCGGGCGUGCCCAUGCCUACAGCAGGUCGUCCUCAGCGUCUAGCCAGGAGGAGAAGUUCCACGCAGAGGACCUGGCUGCUGCGGGCGUCCCCAUCGAGCGGGCCGUGUCCUCUGCGGGCGGCCGGCCCUCGGUGGACCUGUCCUUCCAGCCCUCGCAGCCCCUGAGCAAGUCCAGCUCCUCUCCUGAGCUGCAGACCCUGCAGGACAUCCUCGGGGACCCCGGGGACAAGGCGGACGUGGGCCGGCUCAGUCCGGAGGCCAAGGCCCGGUCACAGUCGGGGCUUCUGGAUGGAGACGGUGCUGCCUGGGCAGCCGCUGACCAGGAGCCCCAGGGCCUGGGCCCAGCACAGCCUGAGGGUGCCCUGGCCUCCGGCUCGCCCCGCUCGCCCGGCGGCCUCCGGCCCCGAGGAUAUACCAUCUCCGACUCCGCCCCGUCGCGCAGGGGCCGGCGGGCAGACAGGGUGGAGAGGGACACCUUCAAGAGCAGAGCCGCGGCCACCAAUGCCGAGAAAGUGCCCGGCAUCAACCCCAGCUUCGUGUUCCUGCAGCUCUACCACUCCCCCUUCUUUGGCGACGACUCCAACAAGCCCAUCCUGCUGCCCAACGAGUCCUUCGAGCGCUCGGUGCAGCUCCUGGACCAGAUUCCGUCCUACGACACGCACAAGAUCGCCGUGCUGUACGUGGGAGAGGGCCAGAGCAAUAGCGAGCUCGCCAUCCUGUCCAACGAGCACGGCUCCUACCGCUACGCGGAGUUCCUGACCGGGCUCGGCAAGCUCAUCGAGCUCAAGGACUGCCAGCCGGACAAGGUGUACCUGGGCGGCCUGGACGUGUGCGGCGAGGACGGCCAGUUCACCUACUGCUGGCACGACGACAUCAUGCAAGCCGUCUUCCAUAUCGCCACCCUGAUGCCCACCAAGGAUGUGGACAAGCACCGCUGUGACAAGAAGCGCCACCUGGGCAACGACUUCGUCUCCAUCGUCUACAACGAUUCCGGCGAGGACUUCAAGCUGGGCACCAUCAGAGGCCAGUUCAACUUCGUGCACGUGAUCAUCACGCCGCUGGACUACGAGUGCAACCUUGUGUCCUUGCAGUGCAGGAAAGACAUGGAAGGCCUGGUGGACACCAGCAUGGCCAAGAUCGUGUCUGACCGCAACCUCCCGUUCGUGGCCCGCCAGAUGGCCCUGCAUGCCAACAUGGCCUCGCAGGUGCACCACAGCCGCUCCAACCCCACCGACAUCUACCCCUCCAAGUGGAUCGCCCGGCUGCGGCACAUCAAGCGGCUGCGCCAGCGGAUCCGCGAAGCGGCCCAGUACUCCAACUCCGGCCUGCCGGUGCUGCACACGCACACGCCCGCCCACACCAAGGCCCCAGCUCAGGCCCCGGCCGAGCCGGCGCCCCCCUACGAGACAGGCCAGCGCAAGCGCCUCCUCUCCUCCGUGGAUGACUUCACGGAGUUCGUGUGAGGCCGGGCCCAGCACAAUGAAUAAAGCGGCUCGGCGGGUGCCGAGACAGACGCACGGAGCAGUCAGCCAGCU